CGCAGCCACUAUAAAUGGAGAGCUACGAGAUGUCAGAACAGAACUUCAGAAAACUGCAGGUUUCGUGAACGCGUUUGUAGAAUAGAAGGCUCUCUAAAAACUUUUUUUUUUUCAAUGAUAAUGGUCAGAUGUUUUAGUGUAGAGAAGUAGAAAAGGACUAGGAAGCACAUUUUCAGAAACUUGCAAUACUCCGAAGGGGCGUGCGGUGUCACUAUGAGGUCUGCCUGCUUGAUACUGUUAGCAUCUCUUACUGUCUGCAAUCUUACCGUGAACUUGGGGCAGCAUGUUUCAGAUGAAGGGGAAACAGAAGAACGAGUACCUUUAGAUGAAAUUCUACAGCGAGCCGAAAACCUCCUCAUCAGAUCCAUCCUAAAAAAGAUGGAAGUGGAAGACACUGCUAACGGACAAGUCUCUCCUCAACAGGAAUGGCUUUCUAAGAGACAACAUCCUGGGAAGAGGUUCCAAGAGGACAUAGAGAAAAGACAGCACCCUGGAAAACGAGAAGAAGAUGAAGACACGGUUUACCUGGAUGUCCAGAAAAGACAGCACCCUGGAAAGAGGGAGGAGGAAGAGGACUACAUAGAUGUGCUAAAGAGACAGCAUCCAGGGAAAAGGGAGGUCGAGGCUGAAUCAUAUACAGAGGUGCAGAAGAGGCAGCAUCCAGGCAGGUCCUUGUGGGACCAGUACGCAGAUAUCCCCAGCACCCAGGUGGCUCACCUGAGCGAGCUAUCCAAAAGGCAGCACCCUGGCAAACGGUACGCACUGCUUAACAAACGUCAGCACCCAGGUAGGAGAAGCUGGGACGAGGAGCUGGACCUUGGGGAGCUCCAAGACUUGGAGAAGCGGCAGCACCCUGGCAAGCGAUAUCUGGAUUCAGAUUCCGAGUACAGCAACCAACCUCCCUGUGAUAUCCAAGACCCUGCCACUUGUAGCAAAGCUAGUUUGUUGUUAGAGUUGCUAGAUAAUGUGAACAAGAGCAGGGCUGAAGAGAAAAGGCAACACCCGGGGAGAAGGCUUGCUUUAGAGGGGGGGUUGACAGAUCUGGAGUAAGAGAAAGUGAUGUACAGAAAAAUAUGUUUCAUAUUUAUUGAUGGAUUGAUAGGCUGAUUGGUUUAUUUGCUUAUUAUUUAUGACCACUUACUUCAAGGUUUGGUUUCUCUGGCAAUAUUUGAACCCUCUUGAAAAGGGAGUAAAAAGCAGAUAUGAUAUUAUUUUUAUGUCAGUUGUUUGAAAUCAAUACCAAAUAGAGAAUUAAGUUAACAAGGAACAAACUAAAAGGUCUAGUUUAUUUUCUACAUAAUGAUGGCAUAUAUAUUUUUUUCAAUCUAUCUGUAUGUAUACACAUACAAUGGUAUUAGAAGCACAGGGAGUUACCAAAAAAUUUACAGUAUAUAUCCAUGAAACCCAAACCUGAUAAAGUUAUUUUUUAACCCAAACUAUUUAUGAGGCAGCUUGAAAGUGUUUAUGAGACUAUCACGUACGGUAGCACAGUAUGUUUAUAGUAUAUAGUAAUAUGGAAGCGUAAUAUAUACAUUAUAUUGGUAGAUUAGGGUAGUUAAUUUCUUAGUAGAUUUGCAUAUAUUAAAAUGAUUCAGUAGACAUGUUCUGUGUUAUGUUUUUUUUUUUGUUUCUUAUGAAUUGAAAUGCCUAAUAUUCAUAGGUAUUUAUAACCAGUGGUAUCCGAAUGUGUUAUAAUCAGUUAUAAUUAAGAUCACUAUUUCUCAAAUGGGGUUGCAUGAUACUUGCCAGGGAAACUUAACACCUGUGGCCUUCAGCUUAAAUAAAAUGUAUCAGAUAAAAACAAAUGGAAAUGGUUCUUUAUCUUUUGUACCACUUGUUAUAACAUGCUGGCAUAUUUAAAUGCAGUUAAUCAGUGUAACAUACAGUAUAACAAAAAUGUUUCAGAUCAGAAUCAAGUGGCUGCCCAGAUUAUUUUUCUACACAGAAUUGUUUGUGUGGAAUCAAUAGAUGUUUAUUCUGUAAAUGAUUAUUUUAUUAAAGCUGGACCUUGCUUUGUAAAUGGAAGCUGAGCGACACUGCAGUAACAAUGUAUAAUAAACAGAAUUGCAUAUGGAAUUUCUAUGCUGAAUCGAAUCGGUUCCUUUUGCAUGUCCAUACCCUUUAGCCCUGGGAUUAGUGCACAGCUGAACACAGAAUCUCAACCUCAUCUAACCUUCCUUGGCUUAUACUCUACAGGUUUACUAGAUAACCGAGUCUUUUUAAAUUCCUCCCCACUUGAUGCUAUCAGUGAUAAGUUCAGCAAUGAAUCUGGGGAUAAAAAGAACACAGGCCCAUCAUUUCUGGCCCCUUAAUAUAAGUCCCAGUUUUAAUGCAAUAUCAGGUUAGUCUGGGUUAGGCCACAGGGGACAUGAUCCUGUAAACUUACAGGUAUUAAACCUUUACUGGAAUCAAAACCAGUCGAAAUCCAUGCUUUCAGUGAGAAACAAAACAACAUAAGCAUGAAUACAUGAUAUCAAUCAUCUAGAACUAUAAAUACUCAUUCAUAAGAUAUCUAGAACCACAAAAGUCUUGCAACAGAAAUGAGUUAACUGUUUGCUGUUUCAGAGAAUGCUAUGCUGGGUAAUUCUACUAUAUUGUUUCAGAUGAGGGAGCUAAGGAAAUUUAUUCUGAGAAUUAGUGGUCUUUGAGCAGGCCAGUAGAUCAUAAAGAUCCCUAACAAGCCCCCCUCCCACCCCGAGACACAUGAUAACAUGACAUACUGCUGAAGACCUUCACCCAUUUACAUAAUACAUUACUCAGUGCUUCGUUUCAUUUACUCUUACCUGGAAAAAAAUAAACAGUCUAUUAAA